UGGGAGGAGGAGGAAGGGGACGAGCGGGAGGAGGGCGGUCGUCCAGGGUUAGGUUCUGGGCGGAGGAGGGGGGUGUAGGUCCGUUCGGGGCGGAGGAUGACUCACAGCCCAUCCCAUCUUCCCGACGCUGCCCGCCCGCGCAGAGCUCGCUCCUUGGCUUAGCGGAGGAGGCGGUGGCGAGCAGGGGGAGGGGUACUCUUAUUUUGUUAGGGGGGGUCGGGCUGAAGCCCGACCGGCCAAGCAGGGCUCGCUCGGGGCCGGGCGUCAUGUCUCAUGCAGCCGAGCCAGCCCGGGACAGUGUAGAGGCUAGCACGGAGGGUCCUCGAGCGGUGUUCGUGUUGUUGGAGGAGCGCAGUCCGGCGGACUCAGCCCAGCUGCUCAGAGGUCUUCCUACAAUAACAGCCACCCCUACCUCACCCUCAGCCUGAACUCUUUGCUUCCGGAAUCCGGGAUUGUUGCUGACAUUGAGUUAGAAAACGUCCUUGAUCCUGACAGUUUUUACGAACUCAAAAGCCAGCCCUUACCAGUACGCUCAAGCCUCCCAAUAUCACUGCAGGCCACCCCAGCCACCCCAGCUACACUGUCUACAUCAUCUUCUGCAGUGGGUUCCCGGACCCCUGCCAUGUCAUCUUCAUCUUCAUCGCGGGUCUUGCUGCGGCAGCAGCUAAUGCGGGCCCAGGCCCAGGAGCAGGAGAGGCGUGAGCGUCGGGAACAGGCUGCAGCCUCUCCCUUCCCCAGCCCUGCACCUGCCUCUCCUGCCAUCUCUGUGGUUGGUGUUUCUGCUGGGGGCCACACAUUGGGCCGUCCUCCCCCUGCUCAGGUGCCCAGGGAGGUGCUCAAGGUGCAGACUCAUCUGGAGAACCCAACACGCUACCACCUGCAGCAGGCGCGCAGGCAGCAGGUGAAACAGUACCUGUCCACCACACUUGGGCCCAAGCUGGCUUCCCAGGCCCUCACCCCACCACCGGGGGCUGCUAGUGCCCAGCCGCUCCCUGCCCCUGAGGCCACCCAUGCUACUGGCCCCACAGGCAGCGCCCCCAACAGUCCUAUGGCACUGCUCACCAUCGGGUCCAGCUCAGAGAAGGAGAUUGAUGAUGUCAUUGAUGAGAUCAUCAGCCUGGAGUCCAGUUACAAUGAUGAGAUGCUCAGCUAUCUACCUGGAGGCACUGCAGGGCUACAGCUCCCCAGCACACUGCCUGUGUCAGGGAAUCUGCUUGAUGUGUACAGUAGUCAGGGUGUGGCCACAUCUACCAUCACUGUCAGCAACUCCUGCCCAGCUGAGCUGCCCAACAUCAAACGAGAGAUCUCCGAAACAGAGGCCAAGGCCCUUUUGAAGGAACGGCAGAAGAAGGACAAUCACAACCUAAUUGAACGUCGCAGGCGAUUCAACAUUAACGACAGGAUCAAGGAGCUGGGCACCCUUAUCCCCAAGUCCAGUGACCCGGAGAUGCGCUGGAACAAGGGCACCAUCCUCAAAGCCUCUGUGGAUUAUAUUCGCAAGUUGCAGAAGGAGCAGCAGCGCUCCAAAGACCUGGAGAGCCGGCAGCGAUCUCUGGAGCAAGCCAACCGCAGCCUGCAGCUCCGAAUUCAGGAGCUCGAACUGCAGGCCCAGAUCCAUGGUCUGCCGGUCCCUCCCACCCCAGGGCUGGUCCCCCUGGCCACAACUUCAGCCUCUGACAACCUCAAGCCAGAGCAGCUGGACGUUGAGGAGGAGGGCAGGCCAGGCGUAGCAACGUUUCAUACAGGGGGGGGCCCUGACCAGGGUGCUCCCCAUCAGCAGCCCCCAGUGCCACCUUCAGAUGCCCUUCUGGACCUGCACUUUCCCAGCGACCAUCUGGGGGAUCUAGGGGACCCCUUCCAUCUGGGACUGACGGACAUUCUGAUGGAGGAGGAGGAGGGGGUGUUGGGGGGACUGCCAGGGGACGCCCUGUCCCCACUGCGGGCUGCCUCUGACCCCCUGCUCUCUUCCGUGUCUCCCGCUGUCUCUAAGGCCAGCAGCCGCCGCAGCAGCUUCAGCAUGGAGGACGAGUCCUGAUCAGGCCUCACCCCUCCCCUGGGAUUUCCCCACCCAGGAAAGGAGGAUAAGUCAAGAUGAGGUUCUACCUUUCCCUUGCCCUCCUAUGAGACUGCCCUGCCCAGUGUUCUGGGGGAAGAGAUGAGGCCCUACCCCUGUAACAGGCAAGGAGGAGGAGCCAGGUGAUGCCCGUCCCUUCCCCUCAGGUCCAGCCAGCACCUUGUAAGCAGAGCCUGUUUGCUGGAGAUCCCAGCCUCGCCCCAACCCCAUGGGACCCACCCUUGCCCAGGCGAAGGAAGGAGACAGGAUGAGGUCUGUCCCUAUCCUCUGGGAACUACCCUAGCCAGGUCUGGGAUCAGGAUGUGUCAGAAUGCUGUAUCAUCCACCCUCAUAAUGACCACUCUUGCUUGCAAGGAAGAAGAGUCAAAAUGAUGGAACUCCUACCCUGGGGUUUACCAACCUUGCCCCUUUACCAUGAUCCCUGCCUUGCCCAGGUCAGAAACAGAAGUGAGGACGAGAGCCAGACCCUUUAUUUGGGAAAUUGGGUCAUGGCCUAGCAAUGGAGGAGCCAGGCCAUGCACCUUCCCUAUAGGAAGAGUCCAGCCGCCAGUAUUUCAGGUAUGGAAGAGUGUAUAAGAUUAGGCCACCAUGUGGAGAUCACAAUCCUUAUUCUUCAGCAACAUCCUAUCCAAGCAUUCCACUGCAGGGAGGAGUAGUACUUAGGAUCCUUUCCUUAACCUGAGAGAGAACCUCGUUAUUUAACCUAGGAACAAGGCUUUGAGCUGACCUUGCCUUUGGGGAAGGGGGGCAGAUCCUGAAAUCUUGUAGGUUGACAUUCCAGACCUAGAUCAGGAGUGAGUUAGGCCCCUACCCUUGGGCAGAGAUGCCUCCUUCCUCCUUCCUUGAAGGAUCAUUUGAGGAGGUGAUGGGUAGUAGGGGAUAUUGAGUCCAGGUUCCCAGAACCAGCACCUGUUACUUUGUUUCAACAUGUAGAGGAACACAGUGAAGGAAGGGACACUUCUGGGGAUUUUCCCAGCCUGGGAAAAAAGUAAAAGCCUGUCCCACCAAGGCAGAGGCUUAGAGGAAAGGUUGUAAAAUCAUGUAUUCCUCUUUUGUUUAUCUUGAUUUUUUACUGACUCCCCUAUUCAGAAGUUGGUAACCCCCAACCUCUGGCCUUCACCCAGCUCUCCAUUUGAAGGAAUCGUUCCCAUUUCAGAGUUAUCAACAGACAACUCCUUACCCCUCCUACCACGUAUACACAAGGUUGUCACCUUUGGAUUGUUAGGGCUAACGCCCCAAGAAGGGUGUACUGAGGGGUCUGUAGGUUUGUGAUUAAAUAAAUGCUAGGCGUGUUU